AUGGACAACCACCAGGCCACUGUCUACUUGCCUGCCGAAGACUAUCGCAGGGUUUGCGCGGGUGACGACAGCCGCCUGCUGGUAGGCUGGCACAUCCCCGUUCUUCGGUCGACGGUGGCCAUCUCCUCCUACCCAUCGUGCCAGGAACGCUCCUUGCGCUGCGCGUUGCAGGAGCUGGCGGAGCUGCCGACGCUUCGCCACGAAUUUUGUAGACACGGUAAUUUGCGUAUCCUGGACAUAUCCCUGACACGCGAACAUGGCGGCAUUUGUAUGCAAAGUUCGGACGGCAAUCGCGAGCCUGUUCAAGUGGUCAAGUAUGCCGUGGAGGACUUCGGCGUGGUGUCGUUCGCCGAGCUGCUCACCAUCUGUGCCGCUAGGCAGGAACGUAUAGAUGCGCAUGAUGGUGGACUGCCGCGCCAGAUGAGGCUGAGCAGCUACUUGAUCACCGGAUGUGCGCUGUUGGAAUACCUGGAUACCCAGAUGCAUGCCAGGAUUGCCGAGUCCGAUGUGCCCAAGGGCUCCGGCGAUCUGGCCGCAUUCCCACCAGCCCACAGAAAACGGCAUACUCGAUGUGAAAUCGCAGUGAACGUUGUCUGCCAGUGGAUGGUUCAGCUCGUGCUUUACAUGUCCCUGUGCGCGCAGUGGGUGCUCUCCGCAGCAUCCGUGGUCCGCUGCAAGCCCCUGCACAGAACCCUCAAUCAGCUGACUAUAGUGUCGGUGAUAUCGAAGCGCCUCACUCAGAUGCAACAGUGGCAGGAGCGCUACCGUGAGCUCUACCUGCAGGACGACAUCGUCGACUACCUCGACGCCCGACACAGCCUGCGCCAGAGCGCCUGGUCAGUCGUCACCGAUGUGCUAGUGGGUGUUUUGCAAGUCCUGUUUUUCCGGAGAACCGUGGUGUACGCAGUGAACUAUGUGCGUGCCGCGCUUCGGGAGGUGUACGUAUCGACUUUCAAGUAUACGUCGUACCACUUCGCCAUGCGCAUCGGCAAAUACUGCAAACUAAACAAUGAAGUUGCCGUCUUCGUGUCCAGGCUGCUCCUCAGCGUGCUCGUGGUGUGGCGCAUAAUCAAGCCGAGAAUCCAGGCUCACUUCACCGUGCUCUCGAACAUCUUCCAGUACUCCGCGUUGUUUGGCGUGACCUGCCACACCGCGGUGCUGGUGGACAUCCUGACGAUCGAGACGAUGCACGUGGCGUAUGCGCACUGCAUCAUGCUGUACCUCACCAAGUGGAUGCAACGCUAUCUGUACUCGCUGCUGCAGCUUUUCAAGGGCAAGAAGUGGAACGUGCUGAAGCAAUCGCUGGACUCUAACAACUACACGCGUGAGCAGCUGUUCCUGGGCACGGUGAUAUUCACGCUGCUUCUCCUGAUUUACCCUACGAUUUGGGUGUUCUAUUGUGUGACGCUGCUGGUAUAUCUGCCAGUUUUCGUGGCGCGUGCGUUCAUGAGGAGCGUCAUCGAGGUGAUGACCAAGUUCCCGUGGUACUUCCUCGCAUACAACGCGCUUUUCCCGAGGCGCUACAAGGAGGGUGUAUACUUCGUGGCGCACAAUCACGACACUGAAGGUAGCAGCCACGCUGCGGCGGAUGGCGCAGACUCGGAUGCAGGACUGGAUGGAGAGGGUCUGCAAGUUGCUCGGCCGGGGCUUCUGCUGGAGAUGCGGUGCACGCCCUUUUCACCCCGCACCGUAGUCCAGCCCAUGCUAAAGACGCUGAAAUCGUGCUGCGGCAGCCUGAACUUUUGGAAAUCGUCUUGA